AUGGAGAGUUCGAUUAACUUAACAGCGUCAAAGAUUGAUCUUAUGACAUUAGAAGAACUAAGAGAUCCCAACCUAAUCAGUCGCUACCCACCACUAUUUCGAAGAAGACAAAGUUACGUGAAUGUUCAUGGUGAUUCACUGACCAGGUUUGGCCGUUCACUAACUCAACAACAACAAAGUAGAACCAAACUAUAUGAGGCAACACAUCUGUCCUUAUUCAACCGUCCACAAUCACCACCACAACCACAAGAACUUCCUGAAAGGUCACUCGAUUUGGGCCAAUCGCCUUCCAAUGAAACAGCAGAAAGGAAACCACAUCGACGUCUAACUACUUUCCUUAAGCAUUUUUCUAAAGAGUCCAAAAAAAUUGAAAGACAAGAAACAUUAAGAAGAUCAAUCAGUAAACCGUACCUGCAAGCGAAAGAACAAAAUGGACCGAGCCAAACCCGUCACCCCGACGUUAUUGAACCAAUAUAUGUUCAUGCUUUGUAUCCAUCCAGAGCCAAACGGUCCUUCAAGAUCAAAAAAGACGCAUCAUUAUCACCAGAAGAAUCGAGAAAUGGUCAUUCAAGUUUACUAACUGCAUCGGAGCCACAACAUCGGUCAAGGACAGUUCAAAAUCAAAUUCGUUUUCCACAUUCGCCAGGGCAACAACUCUCUUCUAUAAACAGCUUAGUUGUGCCACCAGUUGGAUCCAGUCAAGUCAUUGGCAACCCCACAAAUUACUCCAGCACAAUUGUACACCCCAAUAUGCGGCAAGAACAAGGCAAUAGUAGCAAUAGACAACAAGUCAACUUUAUACGUUACGACAUGAUGAAUUUGGAUAACAACGCCUUAUCACCGAUUAUUGAUGAAUCUGAAUUCACAUCAGCUCAAGUGAGCCCAACUCACAAUAAUUUGAACGAGGUUUUAAUUCCAACUUCAACAUUUUUUGUUCCAACAUCAACCGACUCUGAAGAAAGUUAUUAUAGUGUUGAAGGUGAAGCUCCACAUUUUGCCACCAUCAACAUCGCGAGUGAUACCAGGGAAUAUUCUUAUUCACCACAGCACCAGCGUCAUCGUCAAGUAUCAUCACCGUUAUACAGGUUCAGUGAUAAUCAGACAGAUAGAUAUGCUCUGCCAUUUGCCACACAGCGCCAUCCGCUUAUGAGAGGAGUGUGA